AUGAAGCUAGUAUUAUUUAUCUGCUUAGUAGGAGCGUGCCUUGUUGCAGCGGAGGAAGAAGUGAGUGAAAAGUGCUUCCUGCACUGCCUUUUUGUUGACUGCUACAACUGCUACUAUAGUCUACACGACUGCAACUACUGCUGCAGAUUCGUCCCCAUCGACUGCGCCCUCAUUAACUGCUCCGAAUGCGACAUUAAGUACUGUGGACACUGCUGCGGUUUAGCCAAAGAUUCCGAAACAGUUUCAUAA